AUGAAGAAUUCACAAUUAUUUCUAAGGAUAUUAGUGUUACAAUGGCUGAUAGUACUCGGUUGGUCUCAGCAAAAACAACUCAUCAAAUACUUGUUCAGAGAUUAUCAUAAGGAAUUGAGACCAGUAAAAGAUGAAUCAAGUGGACCGACUAAUGUAACCGUUCAAUUAUAUUUCAAACAGAUUCAAAAAGUGCAUGAAAAUGAUCAAAUCAUAACGCUCUACUGCUGGAUUGAAGAAUAUUGGCAAGAUGAGUUUUUGAUGUGGAAUCCAGAAGAUUUUGGAAAUAUAAAAUCACUUCAUGUUCCAUCUGAAAUGAUUUGGAAACCCGAUUUGUUGGUUUAUAACAACGCGAACAUGAAUAUUAAAGAAAAUGAAAUGCAGACGAAUGUACAAAUUGAACAUACUGGUAAAAUUUCCCUUUUCCGAGCGAUCAUAACAGAUAUUACAUGUGAUUUACAGAUGGAAAAGUUUCCAUAUGAUCAACAAAUCUGCUUCAUAAUGUUAGCUUCUUGGUCGUAUGAUGGCUCCCAAAUAAUGUUGAAUACUGCUGAACAACCAACAGAAACACCAUUAGAUAUCAAGAACAGAACAAAUAUGGCAAUUCUGAACCAUUACAUUCCAAAUAUGGAAUGGAAACUUGUUGAUUUCCGUUACCGUAACAACCUCAAGUACUAUGAUUGUUGUCCGAAUCCAUACCCAGACAUCUCAUAUUUCUUUGCUAUCAAAAGAAAUCCAAGUUAUUAUUUAUUCACUCUGAUUAUUCCAUCUGCAUUCAUUACUAUUGUUACGGUUAUCGGAUUCUUUACUCCUCAUUCAUCAACUGGAGAGAAUACAGAAAAAGUCAGUCUCGGAGUAACUGCAUUGCUCUCAUUGGCCAUUAUAUGUAAGUUUCAUUCCCAAAACACUAUCUAA